UCUCAUUUUCAUUUUCUGUGCCUUGUAGCUUUGUUUGCUACUAAUAUUAAGCUAUGGGGUUCACAUAUGGUUACUGCCUUUCUUGUUUCUUGGUGCUACUGCCUGUAAUAUGUUACUCCCAAGACUUCACAUGUUCUAGGGCAACUUACUAUGGUAGCCCUGAUUGCUUGGGGACACCAAGUGGAGCUUGUGGAUUUGGCGAAUAUGGAAGGACGGUCAAUGAUGCUAAUGUCGCCGGAGUUUCUAGGUUGUAUAAGAAUGGCACUGGCUGUGGUGCUUGCUAUCAGGUUAGGUGUAAGGUCUCACAACUUUGCACUGAUGAUGGGGUGAAUGUAGUGGCAACUGACUAUGGUGAAGGGGACAACACUGACUUCAUUCUUAGCACACGAGCUUAUGCAAGAUUAGCAAAUCCAAACAUGGUCUUAGACUUGUUUGCAUAUGGUGUGGUCGAUGUAGAAUACCGGAGGAUUUCUUGUCGAUUCGCGGAUUACAACAUCAUGUUCAAAGUUCAUGAGCAUAGCAGGUUUCCCGAGUACUUGGCCAUUGUCAUUCUUUACCAAGGUGGCCAAAAUGAUGUCUUAGCCGUGCAAAUAUGGCAGGAAGAUUGCAAGGAGUGGAUAGGCAUGAGAAGGGCCUUUGGAGCAGUUUGGGACAUGCCGAACCCACCAAAUGGUUACAUUACCUUGAGGUUGCAAGUAAGUGGGAGUGCAGGGCUAACAUGGCUACAGGCAACAAAUGCUAUCCCAAAUGAUUGGAAAGCUGGGGUUGCUUAUGACUCAAACAUUCAGCUCACUUAAAUGUGCAAUCAGCGAGUUAGUUAUUAUUUUAGCAUAUGGUUUGGGGCUACUAGCUAGUUGUUCUUAGUAUGUCUUUUUUCCAUGUAAGCCAAUAAGCACAGCUUCCCAUGUUCAAUUAGAAGGUAUCUUGUACUCUGCAUAUUUAGCAUUUGCAUUGUUAAAUAUUUAUUUUAAUUUAUAAUUUUGUUACCACUUUAUAAAA